ACGCCCCCUCGGAGAUGCGGAAGUUGUGGAAGUUGCUCGAGCUGUCAGCGGACUGAGUCUCUCCUGUGUCCUCUGGUUCUUCUCACACACACACAACAACAACACCGCCUCACGGGGAUGUCUCUGUCUUUCGAGGGAAGAGUUGUGCUUGUCACCGGAGCCGGAGGAGGCCUUGGCCGAGAAUAUGCACUGGCUUUUGCUGAAAGAGGUGCCUCUGUAGUAGUGAAUGACCUUGGGGCCGACACUAAAGGGGGUGGAAAGAGUUCUGCAGCCGCUGAUAAGGUGGUGGAGGAGAUAAGAGCGAAGGGAGGAAAUGCCGUGGCGAACUACGAUUCUGUAGAGGAUGGAGAAAAACUGAUCCAGACAGCGCUAGAUGCGUUUGGAAGACUAGAUGUUGUCGUAAACAAUGCUGGGAUCCUCCGUGACCGAUCAUUUGCCAGGACGAGUGAUUUGGACUGGGACCUGAUUCAAAGAGUUCACUUGAGAGGCUCCUUCCUGGUGACUCGAGCCGCCUGGAACCACAUGAAGAACCAAAAGUUUGGCAGAAUCAUCAUGACGGCUUCAGCCGCAGGCAUCUACGGUAACUUCGGCCAGGCCAACUACAGCGCGGCCAAGCUGGGCCUGCUGGGCCUGGCAAACACCUUGGCCAUCGAGGGAAGCAAGUACAACAUCCACUGCAACACUAUUGCCCCCGUUGCAGGGUCACGACUCACAGAGACCAUCAUGCCCCCAGACCUCGUGGCAUCUCUGAAGUCUGAGUAUGUGGCUCCCCUCGUCCUCUGGCUCUGUCAUGAUCAAUGUAAAGAGAAUGGAGGACUAUUUGAGGUUGGUGCAGGCUGGAUUGGUAAAUUGCGCUGGGAGCGUUCUCAGGGCCGCACUGUGAGACAGAAGGAUCAACCCAUAAAUGUCGAAGCUGUCAGGGACCAGUGGGACAAAAUCUGUGAUUUCACAGACGCCACCAAGCCUUCAUCUGUACAAGAGUCCCUAAGCUCGAUGGUGGCGGUGCUGUCUCAAGUCGAGUCGGAGGAAGGAGUCGAUGCAAAUCCAACAGCUGCUGUGGCCUCGACCUCUGGGAUCAAUCCUGCAAUGGCAGUGGGACAGAAAAUGGAGGCGACCACGUUCAGCUUCAACCACACUCAGUGUAUCCUCUACGCACUGGGGGUUGGCAUGUCGACCAAGGACCCAGACCAUCUUAGGUUCCUGUAUGAAGGCGAUCCUGACUUUAGCUGCCUGCCCACCUUCGGGGUCAUUCCCUCCCAGGCAGCCAUGAUGAAUCUGGCCUCAAUCCCUGGACUCAACAUAGAUUUCACACAGGUUCUGCAUGGAGAACAGUAUCUGGAGCUUUACAAACCUCUGCCAACAUCAGGUGAACUAACCUCUCAGGCGACGAUAGCAGACGUGAUGGACAAAGGCUCCGGAGCCCUCCUCCUCCUGGACGUGAACACCUACAGCGACGGGGAGCUGCUGUGCUUCAACCAGUUUUCAGUGUUCGUGGUCGGAGCCGGAGGCUUCGGAGGGAAGAGAAACUCCGACAAAGCUAAAGUUGCUGUGUCACCACCUCAGCGGGCACCAGAUGCUGUGGUGAUUGAUUCCACCACCAGAGACCAAGCCGCCUUGUACCGGCUGAGUGGCGACUUGAACCCUCUUCACAUCGAGCCCAGCUUUGCUGCCAUGGGAGGCUUCAAGGCUCCCAUCCUUCAUGGCUUGUGCUCAUUUGGCUUCGCUGCGAGACACGUCCUCAAGCACUUUGCCGACAAUGACCCGUCCAGAUUCAAGGCUAUCAAGGUUCGCUUUGUGAAGCCGGUGCUGCCGGGUCAGUCUCUGCAGACCGAGAUGUGGAAGGAAGGCAACAGGAUUCACAUCCAGUGCAAAGUGAAGGAGACUGACGCUGUCGUGUUGUCAGGAGCUUACGUGGAUUUACACCCUGCGUCAGAGGCGUCUCCAGAAAGUCUCAGUCAAGGAGCAGGACUUCAGAGCGAGCUGGUGUUUGCAGAGAUCGGACGUCGUGUGAAGGACCUCGGCUCCGAGCUGGUGAAGAAGGUGAACGCUGUGUUCGGCUGGGAGAUCACUAAAGACGGAAAGACCACCGCACAGUGGACCAUCGAUCUGAAGAACGGCAGCGGCUGCGUGCACGAGGGUCCGUUCAGCGGGAAGACGGACGUGACCAUCACCGUGUCCGACGAGGACUUCAUGGAGGUGGUGCAGGGGAAGCUCAACCCUCAGAAGGCGUUCUUCUCUGGCAGGCUGAAGGUGAGAGGGAACAUCAUGCUGAGUCAGAAGCUGGAGGUCAUCCUGAAGGACCACGCCAAGCUGUGAGCCGGACCAGCGCUCCCCUCCGUCUGCUUCUCCGGUCCGGGGUGAACUUCCAGGAUUUGACCCAGUUUGAUUCCUCCUCACUAAAAUCAACAAACUGACAGGAAAUGUGAUUGACAAUAGCUCCGUAUCACUGUUAAUGUCUCUGUUGGUCAGAAUAGGAUUUAUUCUUGUAUUAAUAUGAACCUUCUGCUUCAGUGAGGAACCAGGAUCUUGCCGUUUCAUAAGUUAAAUGUUCUGAGUGAAGUGAUAACGAUUAAAAUCUAAACUAAUCAUAAUUCAACACAGGGAUAUUUCAUGACUAAUUCAUCUUUGUCCCUUAAACACUUUCAUGUAACUGAUACUGUAACAACUGAAAGUUUGAAAUGUAAAAUAAUAUGUAUAAUAAUUUUCACUUGUCAGAUGAUUUCAAUGCACCUGUAAUAUUGCUCUUUUUGAAAAUAAACUAAUUCAGAACUGA